CCGGUGCAAGGCAGCAGCAGUAGAUCACCUUUCUGGUUGCCAAUAACCAACGCCGAUGGAAUAUCUUGCUUAAUUUGCUGACCGUUUAAUAUUCCUAGACUAUCAAAGGCUAGCAGGGUGACUUUCCAUGAACAAAACAUUUGCUGUGUGGUAGCAUCCUGGUGUGGGUCGUCUUCAUAUCACUCAAUGCCCGCAGCAAAGUUGUGGCUGAGAAGAGCAAGAUGCUCUUUUUAACAGAGUUGCUUAAUGUACCUUGACCAUGUACUUUAUCUUGAAGGGAUUGGACUCCUUGAUGCUGCCCUGACCUGUCCUAAACUCUGACGCCUCAUUGCCUCGUUUUAAAACCCCCAGCCCUUCCUGUGACGUUUCCCUUUGGAUCAAAGCCUAUUGUACGUGGAUAUAUCUAGCUUGUCAGGUAUCUUCAGCGGAAAUAGCUCAAGAAAAUCCUUUGUAUGCUUUAAUAUUGUAUAUUGGAAGCAUUUACGAGAUGGCUUCCAACAGCAACGAUACGUCUGAUCCUCCCUCAUCAUUCUUUCAAAAGCUCGGGGCAUUUCUUGGCUUGUUCAGCAAACCCCAGCCUCCUCUGCCAGACUACCCUCAUGCUCCUGGCAACAGCGCCCGGGAAGAGCAGACAGACAUCACCGAGGAUAUUCAGAAGCUUGGCUUCAAGGAUAUUGAGACACUUCUUCUCUACCUCAAUUCUUCAUUGAAAGGUGUCAACGAUGACAAGCAGCUGCUCCUGGAGCGAUUAAUCCAGCUGCUGUCCAAGCUGCCUCCAACCUCCACAAAUGGCAAGAAGGUGACGGAUGGGCUUAUCACAGGACUCUGGGAAAGCCUGGAUCAUCCACCUGUGUCGAGCCUCGGUGAAAAAUACCGAUUCCGUGAGGCCGAUGGCUCAAACAACAACAUCCAUAAGCCAACGCUGGGAGUUGCGGGUAGCCACUAUGCAAGAUCAGCCAAGCCCAUGGUCUACCAAAACCCCAACCCACCAGAACCCGAAACCAUCUUCGAUACGUUGAUGGCGAGGGAUCCGACCAAGUUCAGGCCACAUCCGAACCAGAUCUCUAGCGUGCUCUUUUACUUUGCAACAAUCAUUACCCACGACAUUUUCCAGACUUCAUCAAGAGAUCCUUCCGUAAACUUGACUUCAUCCUACCUUGAUCUCUCUCCGCUCUAUGGAAGGAAUCUCGAAGAGCAAUUGUCCGUGAGGACUAUGAAGGACGGACUAUUAAAGUCUGAUACUUUCUGUUCGAAGCGAGUCCACGGGUUUCCUCCUGGUGUUGGCGUCCUUUUGAUCAUGUUCAAUCGAUUCCACAACUAUGUUGUCACCUCACUCGCAAAGAUCAACGAAGGCAACCGUUUCAAGAAGCCUGCAGCAGAUGACACUGCCGCUGGGGAAAAGUAUGACAACGACUUGUUCCAGACUGGGCGGCUCAUCACCUGCGGUCUGUACGUCAACAUCAUUCUGGUUGACUACGUCCGCACGAUCCUCAACCUGAACCGAGUGGACAGCAGCUGGAUCCUCGACCCGCGCACCGAUGAGGGCAAGAGUCUGCUCAGCAAACCAACCCCCGAGGCGGUAGGAAACCAGGUCUCGGUAGAGUUCAACCUGAUCUACAGGUGGCACUGCGGCAUGUCGCAGCGCGACGACAAGUGGACGACUGAUAUGUUGACCGAGGCGCUUGGUGGCAAGGAUCCGGCCACGGCAACUCUACCCGAAUUCUUUGGGGCGCUCGGUAGGUUCGAGUCUUCAUUUCCAAACGAGCCGGAGAAGCGCACCUUGGCUGGUUUGCAGCGUCAGGAAGACGGAACCUUUGAAGACGAGGGACUCAUCAAGAUCAUGCAAGAGUCCAUUGAGGAGGUUGCCGGCGCCUUUGGACCAAACCAUGUCCCGGCCUGCAUGCGAGCCAUUGAGAUUCUCGGCAUGAACCAAGCUCGGUCUUGGAACGUCGCCACGCUGAACGAGUUCCGAGAAUUUAUCGGACUCAAGCGCUAUGACACAUUCGAAGACAUCAAUCCGGACCCCAAGGUUGCCAACCUGCUGGCCGAGCUCUAUGGGUCUCCUGAUGCUGUUGAGUUGUACCCCGGCAUCAACGCCGAAGCUCCAAAGCCAGUCAUUGUUCCUGGGAGUGGGUUGUGCCCACCGGCGACGACAGGAAGGGCAAUCCUGUCCGAUGCAGUGACUCUGGUCCGCGGGGACCGCUUCUUCACUGUUGACUACACCCCGAGAAACCUCACCAACUUUGGGUACCAAGAAGCCGCCACCGACAAGAACGUCGACAACGGCAACGUCAUCUACAAGCUCUUCUUCCGUGCCUUUCCCAACCACUACGCCCAGAACAGCAUCUACGCCCACUUCCCCUUUGUGAUACCCUCCGAGAACAAAAAGAUCAUGGAGAGCCUGGGCCUCUCUGACAAGUACUCGUGGCAGCCGCCGCAACGCAAGCCCGCGACGCAGAUGAUCCGCUCACACGCGGCCGCCGUCAAGAUUCUCAACAACCAACAAGACUUCAAGGUGAUCUGGGGCGAGAGCAUAGGGUUCUUGAGCAAGUUCCCGCCCGGAGCCAACCCGGGCUCGGGCUUCGCACUCGCCGGCGACGGGCCCGCAAACCAGCAGAGCAGAGACCAGUUCAUCAAGUGCAUCUUCUCGCCCGAGGCGUGGGAAGACGAGGCGAGGCGGUUCUGCGAGGCCACGACCUGGGAUCUCCUCCGGCGCUACUCGGCCAAGGUGCAGGACAAGGGACCGCAUCUCAAGGUGCACACCCACGAGGUCGAUGUGAUUCGCGACGUCAUCAGCCUCGCCAACGCCCGCUUCUUCGCCGCUAUGUACUCGCUCCCUCUCAAGAUUGAGGGUAAAGAGGGCGGCGUCUACAGCGACCAUGAUAUGUACCGCGCACUGGUGCUGAUGUUCUCGGCCAUCUUCUGGGACAACGACGUUAGCAAGUCUUUCAAGCUCCGCCAGGAUGCGCGUGCCGCGUCCCAAAAGCUUGGUGCUUUCGUUGAGAGGCAUAUUGAGGAGAUGGGCUCGUUCUUUCACGGUUUCAAGCACACUCAUGCAGCCGUCAAUGGAAAGACAAACGGUCAUGCUAAUGAAGGCGCAAAUGGCCACGCCAACGGCAACGGUAUACACCAGAACGGUGACUCAGUGCUACCCACGCCGAUGUUAAAGAGCUAUGGCGACCUUAUGCUUCGCCGGAUGGUCGAGGCUUAUGGGGAGGGCAAGUCGGUCAAAGAGGCCGUCUUUGGUCAGAUCAUGCCCUCCAUCGGUGCCGGCACGGCCAACCAAACACAGAUCAUGGCGCAGUGUCUGGACUACUACAUGUCGGAUGACGGCGCAGAGCACCUCCCUGAGAUGAAGCGUCUCGCCAACCUGGACACACCCGAAGCUUUCAACACUUUGAUGAAGUAUCUCUUUGAAGGCGCUCGCAUACGCAACACAACUGCCAUCCCGCGCCUCGUAGCCACGGACCAAACAGUCCAAGACGACAUUCCCUGUUUGCCAGACCCUAGAGACCCGACCUUCCUCCGCCCCAUCCCAAACCCCCAGCAAGCCGAGACGACAAGGACGGUGAAGAUGUCCAGGGGCUCGAUCGUUCUGGUGGACCUGACGGUGGCCGCGCACGACGCGACCGCAUUCCCGGACCCGGAGAAGGUCAGACUCGACCGGGACCUGGACUCGUACACGUUCUUCGGCCUGGGCCCGCACAGGUGCGCCGGCGAGAACAUGGUGCGCAUCACCAUGACCGCCGUCUUCAGGGUGCUGCUGCAGCUCGACGGCCUGCGGAGGGCGGAGGGCGGCCGGGGCGUGUCCAAGUCGCUUCCUGCGAGCCAGUGGAACGGCCAGGUGGGCAGGGCGGCGGGGGAGAAGCCGCAGUGGUCGGGGCUCAGGACCUACGUCAACGAUGACGAGAGCGCCUUUUCGCAGACGCCGAUGAGCAUGAAGAUAAGAUGGGAUGAUUGAAAGAAAAAAAACGUAUUGUUUUGUAGGAUCCCGAAAAGACAUAAUGGUUGUCGACGCACUGUCUGGCUUGCUUCUCUCUCGAAUUGUUCACUUGACACUUUAGAUGCUUAAGAAUUUUGGAUGUUCCCUUUAUAUUCGUUUCACGGUUAACUAACUUCUAAACCCCAUACUCGAAAUUCUCGCGAAAUGUUUUACAAAUCCGAAUUGGAAAUUCAUACUGAC